AUGGCCAUAUGCCCAAGAACAUCUUCUUUUACGAUGAUUCCUACAAAAUUUGAGCAAAAUCUAACAUCGACUGGCUCGAUAAUCUUCUAUGGAAUGACUCAAGUUUUUUUAGAGGAUCGUCCAGAUAAGAAACACGUGACCGUGUCGAUGAAUAAUUGGUUUGAAGCUGAGCGUCGGGGCGCUAAAUACGUGAUUUACGUAAUGGAUCAGACCCGAACGAAUCCCUAUGAAGUGUGGGGGAAAUACGGAAAACCUGUGUUUCCAAACGCUACAGUCAGACGAGAGAUGAGAUACGUCGAGGAGCCAUUAAGGUUUUUAGGACCAGCGGACUUGAUUUUGCCGAAUAUAAAAAUUUCCAUAUUAAUGUCCGUCCCAAGUGUUGCCUUGAUUCAUUUGUGCGCAUAUGGCGAACAUAUUCCAGGUCCCGUUUACUCGAUUAAUAUAUUUAAUGUUACCCGCAACGAAAUUUUAUUAACUUGGAAAUAUAAUAUUGCGAAAACAGAAUGCAUCAAAACGUAUGAAAUAGAACAUGAAAUGGAAUGCAGGAGUGCAGGAUUUCAAAGGAUAAAUUUGGAGAAGGAUACUGUGUUCCUAUCAUAUCAUUACCAUCCAGUUUUAGAGUUCGAGUGCGUAAAUAACCCGCACAGUCUAAGUGAUGAGCACGGAGAACGUUUUUACCAGCAAAUGAAGGCUAUUGAGCGGCGGUAUCACGGCUUCUGA